AUGAUGCCUCAGGUGAGAUUGAAGGUAAUGAUUAUAAUGUCUCAAAUGAAAUAGUUGAUGAAGAAGCAACUGAUGGAAGAGAUGAUACAGAUAAUGUCUCAGAUGAAAUAGUUGAUGAAGAAGAAAGCAUAGAAUGA